AUGGCGUUCGGUUGGCGAUUUGACGCGAUUUUGAUAUUAUUGCCAUAUUUGGUCGACGCUGGAGUUCGCGAUCGAAUGCGAUUCGCUGUUGGUCGAAUCGACGGCGAUGAGGAGUAUGGAGCACGACCUUAUUUGGAGAUUCCGGUGAACGGCGAGAAGCUCGCCGUGCCGAAAGCGUUCUAUCAUUAUUCGGAGAAUCAGGUGUCGGCCGGCGCGAAUUUCGGAUUGCCGGACGCCUCGCAAUUGUUGGCGACGAACUCGAAAAUUGUCAACAAUCGAAAAGAGAUCAACGGGAUUUAUUUGCCGAUUCCCAAUAUGGAACCGAUCAAUUUGCACUUUAUCAAUCAGCGUGUGUUCGAGAAGGGCAUCGACACGAAGGCGCGAGAGGAAUCGCCGGAAAGUGUGCUUUUUCGAGCCAAACGAGCGUGUUUGAUGGAAACCGAAUCGGAAUGCGAACGCCAACUUCUCGAGUAUCAUCGUGUGAAGAGCGAGCAGCUGAAAAUGCAAAGGAUGCCGCUGCAUGAGCAAUUAAUGGAAUUGGGUCGUCUCUCAUCGACCGCCAAAUUGGUGGACAAACAGGGCGACGGUUUGGGUGUCGUCGUUGGUGUUCCCGGCUACGAUCCAUUGUACAUUGGCGCCGAAUUGGGACACGACAACGGGCACGAUUUGAACAUCAAAUUCACACCGCCAGCUUGA